GCUCAGCAAUUUGGUAGCUACUGGUGGUGUCGACACAAAGCAACGUCCUGACAAACGCUCUCUCUGACUGAUCUCACCUAAACAGUGAAGUAUGGAGAUAAACGAAAACUCUGGUUGCAAUUCUGAUGGUGGACUCAACACACUGAUUUAUCAAGAGGACUUGGAGGACAACGAGCAGUAUCUUUCUCACCCCAACUCUAACCAAAACAGGCAACAAGUGUCUAUGUUCAAUGUGGCAUCUGGAAGACACAGCCGGCUGGUUGUCGUGAGCCUAGCCCUUCUCGCUGCUGUUCUACUGAUAGUUGAUAUCAGCCUGGGGGUCCACUACAACAAACUCACAGAUAACCACCUCACAAUUGACGAUACAGAACACAUUGAAAAUGAGAUGAACAAACUCCAAGAUACCUACAAGACCGCGAUCGAGACCAUGAAGGGAGCCAAGAAGCAGCUGGACAGUGAGAUGAGUCGUCAGACAUUGACCAACUGGGAGCUUCAACACCAGACAAAAAGACAGGAUAAAAACGUAGCACAGAUUGAUCAAUUGACACAAAGCAUUGCAUCAAUGAAAUCCCGCUUACCAAUGAUUAAUGAUGGCUGCAGACACUGUCCACCGGGAUGGUUUAGCAUUAACUCAGUGUGCUAUUUCUUCGCUUUCUCGAACUUUGCUGGAUCAAGAACCUGGCAGAAGGCCAGAGAGUACUGCCAGAUGCAUGGUGGUGAUCUUGUGGUCAUAGACAGCAAAGACAAAGAGAACUCGACCAUAAAUGUCUUGCUGACUAAUAAUGCCAACUCUGCAUCCACUGAUGGCUUCUGGAUUGGACUGAGAUAUUUUCCCGAGGAAGAGAGUUGGAAAUGGUUGGAUGGAACGGCCCUGGUCGAAGGGUACUGGAAUGAUGGCGAGCCAAAUGAUUCCAGCGGGGACAGGGAGCCCUGUGCAGCUGUGUAUCCCAGAGAAAACUUCUUCGAGGCUUGGAGCAGUGUGGGAUGUGGGCUGAAAAAGAAAUUGAUUUGUGAAAAAGCACCAACUUCUAUAAAUUAAAAGUGUAUAUUCACUGCACUGGCUUAAAAGCUUACAUGUCUGCAUUACAAGUUGACUCCACCUUCAUCUUGAAAAAUUUCUGUGAUGAAGAACAGAGACUUUACCAAAUCAGUGCUUUGCAUAAUGACAGAUUAUUGCACGGGGCAAAGUGGGCAUGUGACCAGGGACCUUGAACCAAUGGGGGGCCAUGGCCAUGAGGUUUAUUAUUAGGGUCAUUUCCAUUUUCAAAAUUUGGAGUAAUGUUAUUUCAAAAAUGUUACAUGAUUAUGAAAUUGUUUGAAUGUUUUUGUCAGAUUGUAUCUGACACUUCAAGUCCUGUUAACAUGUCAAAAUAACUAAUUGAUUCAUGCUGUGUGGUUGAAAGGCACAUGUGGGUGGUUGGGGUCCGUGUCCAGUGCCUGUGGUCAUCAUGAAACUGUGCUUACACUUUCAUUAUGACCACAUGUGGAGGUUAAUAUAACACAAAUCUCAGUAAGUAAUAAAAAACAACUUUAAGCAUUUUGGCAACUAGUGUAUGUACUGCAGUGUAACUGAGGUGCAUUUUAAUGGGUAAUUAAUGCUUGAAUGCUUUAUGAAUUUACAAUAAAGGGGUUUAAGAAUGUA